GAGAAAAACUUAACUCAUUCAAGGAUUACAACCUUGUAGCAGAAUGUCUGAAGAAUAGGUUCAUUAUGCUGGGAAGGUUUAAAAGCGUCCUCUAUAAUGCAAUUGGGAACCCGGAGGAGGAAGGAGGGAUCCCGUCCUCUCAAACCUACUCCCAACCUAGGCUCAAGUAUCCGUAUCAACGACCAGCAUUUCUCAAACUAGCAACAGCUGAUGAAAUACAGGUAACCGCUGAUCAUGCUGUUAGACCUAUAAUUGUCCCACGAGAUGUCAACGCCCUGCCCUGGAAUGCGGGAUACGCAGAAACUAUAAAUGCGGGGAAAUCCCGCCAGAACGAGGACCAGGCCUGCGCACACGAAGGACGAAUCAAUGUUAUCGUCGGUGGACGAAUGACGCACAUACCUUACACAUUAUUCGCAGUUUUCGACGGCCAUGCGGGUGCUGGAUGUGCCGUGGCCGCCAGUAACGAUCUUUGGCAGAUUAUUCACGCUAAACUAGAAAAUGUUGGUCCUCAGUUGUUAAACGAAGGUAAGGACACGUAUGAUACAAUAUGGCCGACCAAUAGACCCAUCUCUACAGAGAGUUUGGUGAUCGGGGCUCUAGAGACAGCAUUCUGGGAAGCAGAUCAACUGAUCGGAGAGGAGAAGAAGAUGUAUCAUAUGCUGGGAGGAUGCACCGUACUCGUCGCACUUUUCAUAUUAGGAAAGCUGUAUGUCGCAAAUGCUGGAGAUUCAAGAUCUGUUCUAUGUCGACUCUCCAAAGCCUAUCCAAUGUCUUACGACUUUACUCCGGUCAGUGAGAGACAACGUCUACAGACUGUCGGGAGAUUGCAACCACAUCUUUUAGGAGACGAAUACACCUGCUUGGAGUUCUGUAGGAAACCUACCCGGAGAGAUAUAGGUUCAAGAAUCAUGUACAGAGAUGCUCACAUGACCGGCUGGGCGUACAAGAUCGUACAGGAGUCGGACAUGAAGUUUCCGAUGGUUUACGGAGAAGGAAAACGAUCUCGGCUGCUUGCAACCAUAGGAGUGACACGAGGGUUCGGAGAUCACGAUCUCCGUGCUCAAUCUCAGAACGGGACGAUCUACAUCAAACCUUUUCUGUCUCCGCAACCAGAGGUCCGCGUCCUGGAUAUAGAGAAUGAGACGGUAACUGCUGAUGAUAUCCUUGUUCUUGGAACAGACGGGUUGUGGGAUGUUGUGAGUAACGAGGAUGUUGCAACUAUUGUCCAGCGCGGACUAUCUGCCUGGGAUAAUGAGAGCAGGGCAGGGAAGUAUCGAUAUAUAACUCUAGCACAGGACCUUGUCAUGUCUGCACGGGGGAAGAUGAAGGAGAGAAAUUGGAAAAGAUCGAACGGAACUGCUGCGACUAUUGACGAUAUUUCCGUCUUUGUUAUUCCUAUUCUACCCUACAAAGAGGAAUAUAAUAAACUAAAGUCCGGAGAAUCCAGAACUUGUGAAAAUGGAACGGAUGCAAUGGACGAAGAGAAACCUGAACCUAUGGAGUCUAGUCCUGUGCGCCUUAAUCCUAGUUUAGAUCCCUUAUCUGUAAACGCAACCCUGGAUCCUUCAAGUUCCAAUACUAGUUCUGAUAAUAUUAAUCCAAAUCCUACGGUUGUAUCUAAAGCUAAAUUAUCACCUAGACCUAAAACUACGCAUAAAUCCCAGGAUGGAAAUGAGCUAAGCUCCGCAGCUAUUGAACCUGAUCCUGGAUUCAGUCCAGAGAAAGACUGCAUUGAACCCGAACCCAACUGUGAUAAAGUAAACGUACAUUCCAAUCCUGAUCACACCCAAUCCAUCCCCGCAGCAAUUAAAUCCAAAACUGAAAUAUUAGAACUCAAGGUCGACGAUGACGAAGACCAAAAGAAUACUGAUGAAACUGACGAGGAUGAAAAUUAAGAGAUUUGAAUAUCAAUGUAAUUACGAGAUAGAUAAGCGUAGAUGAUUACAAGUGAGUGAAUGGAUACAUAUUUCAAACCAGUUAUAAUUAUUUUAUAAUUCUUAAAACAAGUCAAACAAGUCAAACACUUUCUUAAAAAUGUUAACUUAUAUUUCUGUUAUCAGCGCACAGUACUGUUUGAUAAAUAACGAUGAUGAAAAAAAAAUUAAAAUGUAUCCACUUUCAUACUUGUAUACUUUAAACGCUAGCAUGUAAUAUUAUGUUUAGUUUAGUGCAUAUCUUAAGUUUAGAAAGCGUUUUCUCAAAUUUGUCCCUAGAAAGUACAUGCGUACACUGUACCAGCUGUACAGCACUUAAUCACCCGUCAUGGCGAAUUGGUACUUCGUCAGAACUUUUCUUGGUUCAUUUUAGUUUCAUCUCUGUUAUCUUUGUGAUUUAAUAUUUACUUAUAAUUUUGUUAUAGAUCUAUGGUACAAUGGUAGUGUCUAUUUUAAAGUGGUGUUUGAAAUAUCAAUCUCGUUUCAAAAAUGUAAAAAAUAGUGAAAGCAAUGAUGUUAAACUUAUUAACGCGGCGGUGUUCUGAAAAAGUCCCAGUAAAUUUAUUAAUUUAUAAUUGUAAAAUAGAUACUUAUGUUUUAUUGCAUUUAUUCAUUGUUUAGUCCUAGUUCUUCUUUAUGUUGGGGAAAACGGAGUAUUUAUGUUUUGUUGCAUUUCUUAAUUUUAUCAAUAUAUUUCAGA